AUGCUUCCAAUUAAAAACUUUCAUAAUAUAAUAACUCAAACUUUAUCAUCAAGAAACUUUUUAAUUCAAAGACAUCAAAUACCUGAUAUAAAUUCAAUAUUAAUACUACCAUCGCCAUCAGCAAUUCACCAUCAUCAAACUACUUUAAAAGAUUGUCAUUGUUGCUGUUUGCUCUGGAAUUUUUCAAAAUAUAAAGAUUUCAUUGCAACUGGAACUAAUCAAAAAACUCUUGCCAUUGUAGAUAGUCCUGUUAUUGACGAGAGUAAUUUACGUUCACUAGAACUAAAACAUCUUUCAAAAGAUUUUAUUACACAAAAAGAUGGUCCUAUUUCUAGAUAUAACAUGAUCGUUACUUCUGAAAUUAUUAGGGGUGAUAACGGGAAAAGCUAUGUUGAUGGAUCUUUUUACGAUGCUUUGUCUGUUAAAUGUAAAUGUCGUGUACACUUUCACGCAUUCAUGCAAGAUGUUCACAAACGUUUACACAGGUAUAAAUUAGCCAAUUCCGCAGCAUAUGAUCCAAUUCCUCCUGUUUCAACUGAUUUAGCAAACGAUGCUAUUGUAUUGUGA